GGCGGGAAUUUGUGGAUCUCAGUCUGUUUGGUGCCCGCGUUGGAGGGAGUACGUAUGCGCCUCUUGUGCUCCUGAGGGUGACUGACGCAGUGUGCUGGGGACUUGACGCUCUCACCUCCUGGCUGGGACUAGUGCAUCCCCUCCUGCAGGGCCUGACGACGGUGACCACGCAGCGUGUUACGAAAGGGCGACGUGGACUAGUGCGCGAGUGUUAGUGACAGUGACACGCCCCUGGCACUUGCGCAUCGGGUGCCCAGCGGCGUGACCUGACCUGUGGGGGUGUCUGAGGAAGGCGUUGCGGUAGACUGUAGUGAACAUGCGCAGUGUGUGAAGCGCAUGCAACUCUGACUCCUGACGUGACUUUUAACUUCGGCCAUGGCACCUUCAGGAAUUCGUUUAAAGAUCCUAGUUGGUCUUCUGCUUCUCAACCUUCUGCGCGGGGCUUCGUCGUCUCCACCGACAGCGUCCAGGGUAGUGCUGCGGGACAACGGGUACGAGGGCGUGGUGGUGGCGCUGGACGAGGCACUCCCGGCGGCGGCGUGUCAGGAGGUCUUGCCUGGGCUGGAGGAGGUGCUGCGCGUCGCCUCUACUGUUGUGUUCGACGCCUCGAGGGGCCGCGCACACUUCCGCCUGGUGAAGGUGCUGGUGCCGCCAUCCUGGACUACCUCAGCCUGCCCCGCCCUGGCCGACCUGCAGAACGCCACGCAAGAGACCUGGGAUACUGCUGACCUCCGCGUGACACUUGGAAGGCACCCCCGCCAUGGCAGCCGCCCCUGGACACUGCACACGAGGGGCUGCGGUCACACUGGGGACUACGUGUCUCUUGGCCAUGAACUACUGCUGCAGAACUCUUCCCAUGUACCCGCCAAUGGUCGACUCCUGGCGCAGGCGUGGCUACAGUACCGCUACGGGGUGUUUGAGGAGGAAGGCGUGGCGGGCAACCCUGUGCAUCCGCCGCACCACAGGGCCCCAGACGGCUCCUGGAAGCCUACGACCUGCGCUAACCUGCCGCUGCCGCCCACCUCCACCUGCGAUCCUGCCAACCUCUCCUGCUCUUUCAGCCUUACGCCGGAGAACGACCCAGGCCUCACCUCCUCCUUCAUGGCUUUCCCCGGCCGCCCUUCGGUGCGCGACUUGUGCGACGAGGGAAGUCACGACCGCUGGGCUCCGACGCGACACAACCUCAUCUGCGGCGGCAAGUCAGUGUGGGAAGUGAUGCGCGCCAGCCCGGACUUCCAAAACAACAGGAACGUGGAGGCUGGACUGCGAGAGGGACAUGUUACCUUCACGUACGUGCGUCCCCGUACCCCCAGGAUUGUACUGCUUGUGGAGGACACCAAUGUCAUGAAUGUGCAGCAGAAGCGUUGGGACUUCAUGCGUAAGGCGGUGCGGAAGCUGGUGACCUAUGACAUCCCUGAUGGCCACAGUGUGGGGCUUGUGGUGUUUGACUCUGUGGCAGCCACCAAGCACCCUCUCACCACACUCUCCGAGGCCAACCGGGAGAAGGUUGGCUCCUCACUGCCUCGCAACCCUUCCCAGGAGGGCGAACACAAGCGGUGUGUGCUGUGUGGCCUGAGGGAGGCCCUGAUGCUGCUGGGCCAGGAUAGGCCAGGGGCUCACGUGGUGUUGGUGGCCGGUGGCAGCGGUGCCCUUGACGACUCCGAGGCAGCUGCAGCAGAGAGACUGCUGGGGGCGGCACAGGUCACCCUACACACCAUUGUGUAUCCACUCACUGAAAAGUAUCCUCGACCCAAUGGCGGCCUCACCACUCUGGCCACUCGCACUGGUGGCCACUCUUACAUUGUGCCUGAUGAAGGAAUUGGCGAAGACUCCAAGCUGAGCAUGUACUACAACCUCCUAGAUGCAUUGUACCAUGCCCUGGGCGGCGUGGCGGGGCAUGGCGCACUGCCCGUCAAGGUGCACGCCACAGAGCACCCUGGUGGCAGGGUGCCCGUGUCUGAGGGAAGCUUCCUUGUGGAUGCCGCUCUGGGUGCUGACACAGUCUUCACCAUAUUCUACUAUGAUGUGACACACGUGGGGAACCUCAUUCACCUGGUGAGUCCCCAGGGGCAGGUGAUCGACACUGCCAACAUGCAGACAGAGGAUGCCAACAUGAACAUGAUCACUGUGCGCCUGGUGGAGGCCCAGGUGGUGCCGGGACUGUGGCGCUACAAGGUUGCCAAUCGAGCUGACUCCCACCAGGCCCUGUAUGUUCAGGUCACCUCACGGCCACGACCUCGCCCACAUGUGCCCAAGAUCAGUGUGCGGGGAUGGACCAGCCACGGUGCCAGCAUUGUCAAUGCCAGUGACAUCUCGAGUCCCCUGGCACUGUAUGCUGAAGUGGUGGCAGGGGUGAAAGGGGUGGAAGGAGCCAACGUCACCGCUACCAUCACCCGUCUGGGCUACACCACCAAUGGCACACAGCACCCGCCCCACCACCUGAACCUCCUGGACAAUGGCCUCACAGCACCAGACAUGCGUCGCAAUGACGGCGUCUAUUCCCGUGUGGUGCCGGACCUUGCUGCCGGCACCUACAGCAUCCUGGUGGAGGUCAUUGGCGAGAUUGAGGGAACAAAGUUUGCAAGACACGUGCGUGUGGGUUUAGUGGAUGUGGUGGGCAGCCCACCAGCCCGGGAUGUCCUGCCACCUGCCCGUGUAGUGGACCUGCGCGCCUCACUGCUGCCUGACACUGUCAAUCAGGUGGGCUUCAUCUGGACUGCUCCGGGUGGUGAUCUGGAUUAUGGCGCAGCCUCCCGCUAUGUAGUGAAGGUUGCCCACAACCAGCGGGAGCUGACUGAGGGAGGUGGUGUGCUGAUGGAGGACUGGCCUGCCCCUCUGGCUGCCCCAGCUGUGCAGCAACACACGGUGUCCUGGCAGGAGUACGAGAGGGUGAGUUAUCUCUCCCUCUAUGCCGUGGAUGAAGUCGGCAACACUGCUACUCUCAGCAACAUUGUGAGUGUGUACGUCCCAGCCCCUCCCACCACCACAGCUGCCCCAUCACCCUCUGUUGUCCCUGCUGUGCCUGCCAACACCUCUGCUGUGAUGGAAGGCUCUGGGGCACCAGUCCUGUCCUCGCUAGGCUCGCGGCAACUGGCUGUGGUGUUUGGUUGCCUUGGAGGCUUUGUGGUGGUGGUGGCUCUUGUAGUCUGCUACUGCACUGCUGCCCACCGACGCCACCGCAAGGCUGCUGCCGCCAAGAAGGUGCAUGAGGCCCAGGAUGCCUACAGUGUCACUGUCACUGUGGCAUCAAAGGCCACAGACUUCCCAGAUGGCAAGGAGGCCCUGAAGGAUGGCCUCAAGAAGGAGUACAUUAGUCCUGUCGAAUCCUGGUCAGCCUCACAGCUGCUGGGGGGCCACGCUGGUGCCAAGCGUGCCAGUGUCUCGGCCCGCUCUGACAACACCUCAGACCACAGUGCCUCCACCAAGAAGAGCUAUGGUGGAUCUUCAGGCCCUGCUGAGUACUACGGCGAUGCAAGCCAGUACCAGUACCGCCACCCUGGCUACCCUGACCACUACCCUGCCCCCAGUGAUGGCUACCCCACUCCCACUGAAGGAUUCCCACCUCCAGCUGAAGGCUACCCUGCAGAGGCCUAUGCUGUACCACUGGAGGCUCGCUCCUACAUCAGCUCACAGCCUUCGGAUUCCUUCCUCUCUGUGUCAUGUGACCUCCCACCGUCCUCUAGUGGCCCCCCAGCCUAUGCUGCCUACCCAGCUUACGAUGCCUCCCUCAGAUCUGCUAAGGUGCCUCCCCCCAUUCCCCCCAAACCCAAGGUGCUGUACACACCUGAGCCUUACGGCUACGACAACGCAUCCCUCGACCCUCACUCCUCGACACCCUCUGUUGCGUCUGAGAAACGUGUGCGCAAUGUGACAAUGGUGUAGAGGUAGGCCGGGGUGGGGUGAGGAGCGUUGCUGGCAUUAUUAGCACUAAGCAGAAUUAGUGGAGGCAAAAUACACCAAGGGACAUUACCUGGCAGCUUGUGUGUGAUGGAUGAGAGGAGCUGCUGCUUGAUGAGGGAGUAGCAGGCAGGCAGUGAGUGAGUGAGUGGACAAACUUUUCCCCGAGGACGCUGGCGAUGCGCCAAUAUGUGAUAUUAGGGUAUGUGUGUGUGUCUGUGUGUGCCUUUGCCUGUUCAAAGAUGUGGCAGCAUCAGGUGUCACCUAACACAAUGCACCACAAUGUGCCAAAUGGGGAAAGGAGGAUGUGAGAGGCAGACAGGACAGUACAGCACUGACAACUUCCCUUUGUGAAACCACCACUGCUCUUGGCAUCACUUCCACAGCAAAGAGCAAUAUUUCUAAUAUAUAUAUAUAUAUAUAUAUAUAUAUAUAUAUAUAUAUAUAUAUAUAUAUAUAUAUAUAUAUAUAUAUAUAUAUAUAUAUAUAUAUAUAUAUAUAUAUAUAUAAAUAAACAGACAGAGCUCGGCCAAGGCAGCAACCAUCAAUCAGUUAUUCAAAAGCAUUCCAACUCUUCCUUUUUGUCUUGAUCAGAUUAAGACAGGAAGAGAAAUGUUGCAGAUGAAAGACAUUUUUCUUGUUAAAGUCUUCAAGGUGCCCCAUGAUCCACAUUGAGGUGCCUUGCAUAACCAACAGCCACCCGUGUGGUCUGCUUUGGUCGGGCAGAGGGAGGGGUGCCACCAGCUAAGGUCAGGGACACCAGUGUUACGUUUUAGUGAUGCAUCAGCGCCCGAGUCCUGUCAGCCACCAGGGGGACAACUACAGGUCUCCUUGCCCAGCCAGGAUGCAGCCAGCCACAGUUGUGCAAUCCUGUACAUAUAUGUACAAAACACCAAUCAAGACAUUGUGUGAUACUUUUGUUAAUAAAAUUGAAACUGACAAAA